GCAUAGUCUAUGCACGAUAACAUCGGCGUUAAAUAGCACGUGCAUUUUCUUGGGUUGAGUUUUCUCCUCUCUUUUGGGCCCAAGCUUUUCUUCUCUUUCUUCUUUGUAAAACUUACAUCAUGGCGCAUAAAGGCACUGAAAAAACAUUGCAAAAACUUAAAGAUUCUGUAAGCAAUGGAAACUAUUAUGAAGCACAUCAAAUGUACAGAACCGUUGCUCGCAGAUAUAACAAGCAACAAAAGUAUACCAAAGCUAUUCACCUUUUACACGAUGGUGCCGUUUCUUUGAUGCAACAUGAGCAAUUUGCUUCGGGAUCAGACUUGGCCAACUACAUGUUGGACACUUACAACCUUGGUGCCGUUACUGUCGAUGAGAAAUCUUUGGACCGCGUGGUGGAACUUCUCAGCCUGUAUCCAUCGGACGAGCCAGGUCGCAAGAUGUAUAUCCAUAAUGCGUUCAGUUGGACCCAAAAGCAUGGCGAGUACCGAGAAGGCGAUCCGGAAUUACAUGACUAUGUUGGAACCAUGUUUUUCCAUGAGGAACGCUAUGCACCAGCAGAGGAGCACUUGCUAGUUGGUACAGAUCACAGUGCAGAGACUUUGGGUAAAGUAGCAGCUAGCUGGGCACAAGUUGAAAAUGCGACAUCUCCUGGUCUUUUCAUUGCGCGCGUUGUUUUCCAGCUGUUGGCAAUGAAGAAUGUCCAUCAUGCGACUCUGGCAUACACACAGUUCAUUGAGGAAGCAAAUCCAGCAACAACAGGCACGGAGGCCAAGGUGCGUCGCGCACCUGCAGAUGAACCUGAAACGGAACCCGUAUACUCAGAUAGCUGGCUCAACUUUGCGCGUCUGGUAUUGUUGACGGUGCAGCGCGAUGCGGUUGAUCUAUUCCGACAGCUGAGAGAAUCGUACAAGCCAAUGUGUCAGGAGCAAAAAGGUUUUGAUGAACUAUUGGACGAUAUUGGUGAGGUAUUCUUCAACAUCCCGCGACCAAGAAAGCAAGGCAAUAUGCUUCAGGAUUUGAUGAGCAGUCUGUUUGCUGGUGGUCCGCCGCAACAACAGCGUCAACAAAUCACUGCUUCAAGGCAGGGAGGAAUGGAAUUAGAUUAAGACGGUUUUUUUAUAAUUAAACAAACAGAUAGUAUUG